UAAUACUCGAUACAAGAAUGGUUGAUAUUUCGUAGAACCGCGCAUUGAAUCCCCUUUAAUUUGCUUUACCACCUUUUCUUUUUAUUCAUUCAUGUACAUGCUUUUUGCAGUCACUCCCCUUUCAGUAAAAACCCGUUCACUAAUACUUACUUGCCCUCCCUCUUUCUCUCCCUCGGGCCCCCUCUAGGGUCUAGCCACCUUUACAACCCUCAAUCAAACCAAGUUAAUUCAGAGAGAACGAUAAAAGCUUCAAUCUUGCUAAGGAUAAUUAAACUCUUUCAAUUUGCCCUUCGUCACACCAAUUCUACGUACCACACAGCUGUCAUCCUCUUAUACGUAGUACUACUUAGAUUAUAUAUUUAUAAGUGGUGUGUUUCAUUUCCAGUGAUAUGAUCAUACCCAAAAUUAAACCUUGUUUAUUGUUAUUCCUUGAUGCUAUACCUCUCUCUAAUUGCGUUUCUUUUUCUUUCUUUUCAAGCCAAUUAAUCCUUAAAAAACACCGAUCGAUCUGAAGCAGCUAGCUAGCCCCAUCCCAUCUUAUAUUUCAUAUUUGUCAAUUUGGUCAUGGAGACCAACACUAGUGCAUUCACAAAUGUGAACAGCACUUGGAAUCUUGAAAAGAUGGAAACAAAUGAACAACAAAAUGAUGAACAUAAUAUUAUUCUCCAAGUCCAAGACCCUAUGGGUUCUGGGAUUUGGCCCAGCAACAACUACCACAACCUUCUUCAAAUGCAUCAAACACCCAACACAACAACCUUAUCCAUCAUAGCACCACCACCCUCCUCAUCAGGGUUCCUUGGAGACAUACUGGGUGUUCACAACCUAGAAGAAGAUGAAGAGCCAGAAGAAGAGCUAGGUGCCAUGAAGGAGAUGAUGUACAAGAUCGCUGCUAUGCAACCCGUGGACAUCGACCCCGCCACGAUUCGAAAACCAAAGAGAAGAAAUGUUCGCAUCAGUGAUGACCCUCAGAGUGUGGCUGCACGCCACAGGAGAGAGAGGAUCAGCGAGAAAAUCCGCAUCCUCCAGAGACUCGUUCCCGGGGGAACCAAAAUGGACACCGCUUCAAUGCUUGAUGAAGCCAUUCGCUAUGUUAAGUUCUUGAAGAGACAAAUAAGGUUGCUUCAAUCUAUUCCUCAAUCUUCAAAUCCACCACAAUGCAUUGGUGUUGCUACUACUUCUCAUCAUGCUAGUACCUUGUUGUUAGCCCCUUCCUGUGAUUGGCCUUUUGCACCAAAUGUUCUUCCCAGUUCCACCGCCGCCACCGCCUCAAUGGACAUGUCGGCCGGACUGGGAUUCGACGUCGGCCAUGCUCAUGCUUGUGAUGGCUCCUCCAGCUUUAACCAUCAUGAGGUAAUCAGUGAAUAAUUAGUGGUUAUAGGUUAUAAUUAAUUGUAUUGCUUUGUAUGUGUAUGUAUAUGGAAUUGAGGAGUGCUUGGUUAGUAUUAGUGUAUGUGUAUGUGUAUGUUGAUGACUGUUUUGAGCUUGGGGAAAAUCAAGGAAAAAAGAAUAGAGUAAUAAUUUAGGGGAGGGGAGAAAGGUUUGUUAGGAUAUUGUUGACUAAAGGCUUCUGUAGAAUAAUCAUAACGGUUGGCUUGGUUACGUACACAGCCAUAUAGAAUAAUGUGUAUGCCAGUUUCGGUGUUGGCCGGAAAGUUUGUUUGGUCGAGUCUCUUCCUGGAAUAACUUCCACUGUGACGUUAUAACCUAGUAUUGAAUAAUGAACAAUAUUAUUGAUUUGUGGUCA